GAGUGCUCGUUAGAAGCGGGCGUGUAAAGACUUCAUUAGCGUGUGCGUGGCGGCGUCACCCGCGUGUUCUACUGUCAUUUCGUUCAUUCAUAAGGAAAAAGGGGCCAGUUUCGGUGACUGUCAUAGUAGCUGCUCGUAAACAUGACGGGUUAUUUAAAGGCUCUGACGAUAGUGUCGAGAACCGGCUCAUACGUGGCGUUGCCCCGGGUUCAUACUGCGCUGUCUCAGAACCCCGCAGUGCUCUUACCGGUCGCCGUGUGCCACAGACCGCAACAGAGGAGAUAUGGCACACAGCGUAUCAAGGUGGACCAGCCGGUGGUGGAGAUGGACGGAGAUGAGAUGACACGCAUCAUAUGGGAGUUUAUCAAAGAAAAGCUCAUCCUGCCCAACGUGGAUGUUGAGCUGAAGUACUUUGACCUGGGUUUGCCCUGCCGAGACCAGACCAAUGACCAGGUUACCAUUGACUCUGCUCUGGCAACAAAGAAAUGCAAUGUGGCUGUCAAGUGUGCCACCAUCACCCCCGAUGAGGCCAGAGUUGAGGAGUUUAAGCUAAAGAAGAUGUGGAAGAGUCCUAAUGGAACCAUCAGGAAUAUCUUGGGUGGCACAGUUUUCCGUGAGCCAAUCCUUUGUAAAAACAUUCCUCGUCUUGUUCCUGGUUGGACACUACCCAUAACAAUCGGCAGACACGCUUUUGGCGAUCAGUACAGGGCCACAGACUUUGUUGUUGACCAGCCUGGCAAGUUCAAGAUUGUGUUUUCCCCAGCGGAUGGAAGCAAGCUGAAGGAGUGGGAGGUGUUUGACUUUCCCGCAGGAGGCUGUGGGAUGGGAAUGUACAACACUGAUGAGUCCAUCAGUGGAUUUGCUCACAGCUGUUUCCAGUAUGCCAUCCAGAAGAGGUGGCCUUUGUACAUGAGCACUAAGAACACCAUCCUCAAGGCCUAUGACGGGCGCUUCAAAGACAUCUUCCAAGACAUUUAUGAGAAAAAGUACAAGAAUGAGUUUGACAAGUUGAAGAUCUGGUAUGAACACCGUCUCAUUGAUGACAUGGUGGCCCAGGUUCUGAAGUCUGCCGGAGGAUUUGUUUGGGCCUGUAAGAAUUAUGACGGAGAUGUGCAGUCAGACAUUCUGGCCCAGGGAUUUGGGUCUCUGGGUCUCAUGACAUCAGUACUGGUGUGUCCUGACGGUAAGACUAUUGAGGCUGAGGCUGCCCAUGGCACUGUCACCAGGCACUACCGUGAACACCAGAGGGGAAGACCAACCAGUACCAACCCCAUUGCUAGCAUCUUUGCUUGGACCAGGGGACUGGAGCACAGAGGCAAACUGGAUGGAAAUCCUGAUUUGAUAAAGUUCUCCCAGACGUUAGAACAAGUUUGUGUGAAGACUGUGGAAAGCGGUGUGUUGACCAAGGACCUCGCAGGCUGCAUCCACGGUUUGGCCAACUGCAAGCUGAACGAGCAUUACAUCAACACAGUGGACUUCCUGGAUGCUAUCCAGAUCAACCUGAACAAAGCUCUGGGCAAAUGAACAGUAAACUUUCAUGUCAUUGUAUAGAGACAAACCCUGUCUGUUGACUUUUAGCUCCUUUUACCCUGCAUUUGUACAAACCUUUGUAUCUAAUAGUGAAGAGACCAAGUUUGCCAUCUGUUGUGCCUCUUUUUGUAUUCGUACGAUUCACUUAUGCAUUACUGUGCUUGUUUCUCUGCCUUUCCUAAUACCAAAAGUCAAUUGUUUUGCACAAAUUGAUUUUACUUUAUAAAUGAAAAUUAGUGUUAAUAAUUCAUUAUGAUCAUUUUAAAGACAUCUCUUUCACAUUAAAAACAGUAUGUACACAUGAACAAUAACGCCAUGUUUUGCACAACUCUGAAUAUAAAAAAGAAACUAUGAUGGAUAAUCACAACAAGCAGCGUGUGUUGAGUUGCAUUUCUCCACCUUA